CGCAACAACAAAAUACAAGAAACCUCCACACUUUUCUAAAUCUUGACUCUUCCUUUCCUAAAAAAAUAAAUAGAAACAGUAACAAAAAGAAAAUAUUGACUCUUCCACUUUACAAAUCUAAAUCAACCACCAUCGAAUCGAAUGCACACAAUAGUCAAAUCAUUUGAAAAAAUGUUGCAAUUAGAAUUAAAUUUCACCACGCAAUCUCUCCUCCUUAUAUACACAUGUACACCUAAUCCCAUUUCCACAAUAAACCAAUUCUCACACACACACACACUCAAAAUAUGAUGAAGCACCUCUCCGCCGUCCUCCUCCUCCUCCUCUUCCUCCUCCACCGCUCCGACGCCAUCCGCUUCGACAUCCAGAACAACUGCUCCUACACCCUGUGGCCCGCCGUCCUCCCCCACGUCGGCGGCCGCCGCCUCGACAGCGGCCAGACCUGGACCCUCGACUUCCAAACCGGCCCCAACCUCGCCAAGAUCUGGGCCCGCACCAACUGCACCUUCGACUCCGCCGGCCAGGGCUCCUGCCUCACCGGCGACUGCGGCGGCCGCCUCAACUGCACGGCCUACGGCGCGCCGCCGCACACCAAGGCGGAGUACGGCCUCAACAGCUUCGCCCGCAAGGACUACUACGACAUCUCCGUCAUGGACGGAUUCAACGUCCCGGUAGAGAUGGCCCCCACCACCAAUAACUGCACGCGCUCCGUCAGGUGCGCGGCCGACGUCGUCGGGGGCUGCCCCGACGACUUGAAGGCCCCCGGGGGCUGCCAGAACCCGUGCUCCGUCUACAAGACAACGGAGUACUGCUGCCACGCCGGCGCGUGCCGCCCCACAGACAAGUCGCGCUUCUUUAAGGCGCUGUGCCGCGAGGCCUUCACCUACCCGGAGGAUGACCCCACGAGCACUUUCACGUGCCCGGCGGGCACCAACUACCGGGUAGUCUUCUGUCCGUAAAAAAAAAUAAAAAGUUUUUAUUUGAACCUCUCCAUAUAUAUAUAUAUAAGAGACAGAUUCUUGCACGUUUAGCAACGUGCAAUUCUUGUUGUAUUAAUUCAGAGCUUAUGAAAUUUUAGAAAUUGUUGUUGCCGUAUAUAUUAUAGUUGUGACAGUUAAUAAAAUGCUUCAUUCGUUCACAAAAA